AUGGCAGCUCAAAAGGUGGCACUAAUCACUGCAGGCACCGCCGGCCUUGGAGCACAGAUAGCGCGAGUGCUAGCACCUGACUUUCGACUGGCCAUCAACUAUGCCAACAACCAGGAUCGAGCCAAGGCGCUGCUCGGUGAGCUGGAGCAGAUCCCGAACACGACCAACUCGACAGAAUUGCCACGAUUUGAGACCUUCCAAGCAGAUGUGGGCGAUCGACCAUCCCUGCAGAAGCUGGUAGAGCAGACAGUGGCCAAGUUCGGACGACUCGAUGUGGUCGUAUCAAAUGCUGGCUGGACUCGUAUCACCAACUUCGCCAACCUCGAGGAAGGCAUGAUCGAGGAAGACUGGGACAAAUGCUUUCUCUACAAUGUGAAGGCGCAUCUCUGGUUGAUGCAUGCUGCGAAGCCUGAACUUGAGAAGACCGAGGGUGCAUUCAUUACCACCGCCAGCAUUGCAGGCGUCAAGCCAAGCGGAUCGUCACUGCCAUAUUCUGUCACCAAGGCUGCAGCUAUCCACUUGACGAAAGGUCUAGCUGUCAUCGCAGCUCCAAAGAUCCGUGUCAAUUCGGUAUCGCCAGGCCUCAUGUUGACCGAAUGGGGUAUGAAAUUUCCGAAGGCCAAGAUAGAAGCCGCGACGAAUAACACGAAACUGAAGCGGCUUGCGACGGUAGAAGAUGUCGCCAACUCACUUAGAGGUCUCGUGCUGAAUCAAUCAGUUACGGGCUCAAAUUGCACAUGCAUCUCCAGCUUCUUGUGUCUUCAUCCCUUCUGCAACACGUACAUCACUUCUUUCUACUUCUUCGCCUUCAAACACUCCAGCCGAGCACGAUCUAGCGGCGCUGAAGUACAGUGUUUCGACUUGGUAGCACUUGACACUGGACGCCACCUCGAGAACGCAUUGGGGUUCACAUCGAACACCGUCAACAAAAGGAAAAACGCGUUCCGUGUACUACUUCCUACAUCUUUCACGAAGUUCGCGUUGACGCCACGCGGUCACCGAGGCACGCGAGGCAUCGCAUUGUAUAACUACAACGCAACUGCAUCGCUGUCAUCGUUCAACCACGAUCAGUCCAGCACACCUCCAAACACGAUGUACACCUUCACGCAAUCCCUCGCCAUUGCCACAGCGCUACUCAGCACCACAAAUGCUCUCCCAAAGCAAGAUACCCGCCUCCAACUCGCGGAACGAGCGGCCCUGGUGCCAUCCACGAUAGGCUUGUACGUCUGCGAUGAUGCAAACUGGAAAGGCAAAUGCGAACACCUUCUUGAGAGCCCUGGAGUCUGCUACACGCUGCCAGAUGGAUUACUCAAGAAGAUCAGCUCGGUUGGACCUGACGACGGCAUGGACCACGGAGCUUCUGGCUGCACUUUGUUCGAGACGAAGAAUUGCAGCGGCGAAUACCUCAAAGACAUAGCGUUCCCGGGAGAAGGCGAUCUCAGCAAGAAGCCCGCAGCAGGACGAUACAACGAUUUCUUCCAGAGUUACAUCUGCUACUAG